AUGGACAAGAAAGAGAACGUGCUUUGUAUGAUGUUGGCAUGGAGUUUGGUAUUAAGUUUUACAUUCAAUAUUGCCGCGGCAAGAGACUGUGUCAAGGUCAACGAUUGUUCCUGCCAAAUGGAUGACGGUUCUGGGUUGGUGGACAUUGCCACACUGGGGAGGACGGACGGUAAACCGGCAUUCUCAGGCUUGGAUCCUAACAGUGUGAAGUACUCGUACAACCCGUGCUACCCUUUUACAGACGGAGCGUGUGAAAAUGUGGCGGCGUGCCAAAACCUUCAAAACCAAAACAUCCCUAUUGGAAAGCAGGAUGGUUCUCUUUGGAAUGUUGACCCUGCCUCUAAUGAACUCAUUGUGACGUAUACACAGAACACUACAGGCCAAGAACAAGUCACCAUCGUCACACUGGUAUGUAACAAAACCAUCACUGACACGGCUGAUUACAUCGCAAUAGGCACUGUCACGGGGAAUGCUCCCUAUUUUUUAAGUAUCAGUCACAAGUGCGCAUGCCCAGGACUUUGCACGCCAGGUCUGAGUGCAGGAACCGUCAUCAUCAUCGUGUUCUUCUGCGUUCUUGCUGUAUAUCUCAUAGGAGGAGUGCUGUAUACUAAAUUUGUAAAGAAAUCCACGGGAAUGGAGUUAAUACCAAAUUUGGACCUGUGGAAGACAUUCUUUCAGUUGAUAAAGGACGGUUUCAUGUUUCUCGUCGGGAAGUGCAAAAGGAGCCAGUAUGAUAAAAUAUAAAGAUGGCAUCAGUAUGCCAACUUAGAAUUAUGUAUUCUGUAAAUAUUUUUAUAUGCCAAACGACUUAUAAUUUACAAAUUAUUUCAAUCGGUGUAACGAGUUAAACCUGGACGAAAUUGGUUCAGAAUGUUCCGAAUGAUGCUGUUAAAGAGAGAGGCGUUAUGUACAGCUUUUUCCAAUAUGUGAUUCAUAUUAAAUUGAAAAUUAUAUUUUCUCAUCUUUAAUUUUACUGAAAUGUUAAGUUUAAGGUAACAAAUAAUAGUCAUUGUAUGCAGUAUAAUACCACUCAUUCUGCUAGUUGAGUCAAUGUUAAACUCGAGAUUGUGUUAGUUGCGACAUGUAAUUUGUUCACUUCGGGUAUUGUGGAUGU